CCAGACCUUGAUCUAGGUCGAGUAGUCGUCAUCCUAUCUUCGUAGCCCUGCGCCAUGUCGGCCAAGUACUCUGCUGUGUGCAGCACCACUCGGCUCUUCUCCAGAUAUGUUUCUGGCCUACCUUCCAGACCUCGGCUGUGUCGCUGGGCCGUCCAAGAGCAUGGCCAGCAGAGGCACUUUUCGAAUGGUAGAAAUCACCGAAUGAUGGAGAUGAGUGGCUUCUCAGAAGAACAACUCUCGGUCCGAGAUGCGAUACAGAAAAUAUGCGCUCAGUUCCCCAAUGAGUAUUGGCAGCAACAUGAUCAGUCAGAGACAGACCCGAAGGAGCUCCACGCUGCUCUGGCAGCGGAUGGCUGGCUUGGUAUUGCCCUGCCCGAGGAAUUUGGUGGUGCUGGGUUAGGCAUUUCAGAAGCGACAAUGAUGCUCCAAACGAUUUCACAGUCUGGCGCCGGAAUGGCAGGAGCCCAAUCGAUCCAUGCAAACGUCUACGCGACUCAGCCAUUGGCAAGGUUUGGCAACAAGGAUCAACUUGAAUCGACGAUUCCCAACAUCAUCAACGGGAAAUGGAGAGUUUGCUUUGGGGUCACUGAGCCAAACACGGGGCUGGAUACUCUGAGGCUAAGAACGACCGCCACGAGACAAGGUGAUAAAUACAUCAUCACGGGCCAGAAAAUAUGGAUCACUUGUGCACAGGUAGCUUCCAAGAUGAUUCUUCUUGCAAGAACGACGCCGUUGGAAGAAGUCAAGAAGCCAAGCGAAGGCCUAUCGAUGUUCUGCAUUGAUAUUGAUCGCUCUAACCCGGCCCUCGAGCUCAAGAAAAUCAAAAAGAUGGGUGGUCGAGCCGUCGACGCCAACGAGGUCUUCUUCGAUCACUACGAGAUCCCUGCCAACACUCUCAUAGGGGAAGAAGGCCAAGGUUUCAAGAUAAUUCUGCAUGGCAUGAACGCCGAGAGAUGUCUACUAGCUGGAGAGGCCCUUGGGCUCGGUUACGCCGCAUUGGAAAAGGCGUCACGAUAUGCCAGAGAACGGGUGGUAUUUGGACGACCUAUUGGGAAGAAUCAGGCCAUUGCUCAUCCACUCGCUGAUGCAUACAUGAAUCUCGAAGCGGCAAAACUUGCGACAUACCAUGCUGCGAGACUCUACGAUCAAAGCAAGACUGACAAAUCCAUCACACCUCAUGCCGUUGGAGUGGCAUGCAACAGUGCAAAAUACAUUGCCGCAGAAGCAGCGUUCAAGGCUUGCGAGCGAGCGGUGAUGACUCACGGAGGAAUGGGUUAUGCUAUGGAAUACGAUGUGGAGAGAUAUUUGAGGGAGUGUUUUGUCCCUAGAAUCGCGCCCAUCAGUCGUGAAAUGAUUCUGAAUUUUGUGAGCGAGAAAGUGCUGGAAUUACCACGAAGCUAUUGA